AUGUCCGUAGAACCACUAGUUCUUUAUUGCAAGAGAUUGCUUACAAGACGCGUGCAGCUUUGUGCUCACUGUCUUUGUGUUGACCGGUCGUUUUAACCCAUCAGAAUGAAUAUAAAAUGAAGAGAGGAUUACUCAAUGUAUUCAAUAUCUGAGGUGUCCUAACUGAGCAAUUUAUCACACACGCAACCUGAUAGGAUGCGUCGUUUUAUGAUCAGCUACUUGUUUAAAUUGGCCACUAAACGGCAACUUUGGACGAUAGCGCAUAUAUGUUGUGCCUCCUUCGGCACAGCGAGUACAAACCAAAGUCAGCACGUCGUACGUAGAUGCACCCAAGCGGUCGCAAAGUAUGUUCAUGGCGAUUGUAAACUUUCAAAAAGGCUGUCCACUACUGCCAGUUUCUUAAAUCACUGCGGUCGUAUCUCGGCAUAAACCACUGCACCACUUUAUCUAGGAGAUACGACCGCAGUGUGUGGACAUAUUCAACCUCGUCUUCAACGGCAGUGAAUCUUUGUCCUCAAAAGGCUCGCUUUCUUAAGCAGGGUCAUCGCUCAUGUCGCCGUACAGAAGUAAGUACACUUUUAAUGAAGUGAUCACUGGCGUUGCAUGUCGUGCUCCUCUGUUUUUAUCUCUCCCUUCUCGUCGAUUAUAUGUUCCCGCGACGAAGAACGUAUGGUAAAGAUACUGGCAGAAUCUUCGGCUUAUGUUCUUUGUCUUUGGGGCGGUGAUCAUGCACAUUAAGUCUUUUGGGUCUUGCAGUACAUACAAUCACAAUCGACAUUGCUGUGCGCAGCAGUUUUGUUCCCUAUUAAGUUAGGCAGCCAAUAGUGAGACUAGGUGUAAGCGAAUGGUGGGGUCAUCAAUCGACUCGAAGAUAUUAAAA